UUUUCUGGUGAAGAUGAUGUCUGAAAGCAAAUGCUAGGUUGUGUCUCUAGUAAACCCCGUCCAGUAGACGCAUGGAGACAUUGUAAUAACUAAAAAAGUUGCGAGACAACACUAAAACGGUUUUAUAGCUUAGAAAGUAACGCAAGUCUGAGACGAAACCCGUCGAGUUAUGUGGCUUUAACUAGUUUUGAUGUUCGCAUACAUUAACAUUUCUUUCAGUUCAGAAGUAAACUGUUAGUCAGUGUGAGGAAGACCAAGCCCAGUCAGCCGAGGCUGUUAGCAGUGCUGCUCCCUUCUCUGAGUCAUCAUGCACUGAGCAAAACAAAUCUGCCGUAGCAGCAAAGCUAACAACACCUCCAACACACCAGUGCCUGUUUAUUUGGGCUCCCUUAAUACCAUCUACCUCUGACCUUACUUCAAAUACACUGCCAGUGUCUCGCUGCUUGAAGCCAUGGCUGCCAACAGGAACGCUUUGGCUCUUCACAAAGUGAUAAUGGUGGGAAGUGGCGGUGUGGGCAAGUCCGCAUUAACUCUGCAGUUUAUGUAUGAUGAGUUUGUGGAGGACUAUGAGCCCACUAAAGCUGACAGCUACAGAAAAAAGGUGGUUCUGGAUGGAGAGGAGGUGCAAAUCGACAUCCUGGACACGGCGGGACAGGAGGACUAUGCUGCAAUUAGGGACAACUACUUUCGCAGUGGAGAGGGAUUUCUCUGUGUGUUCUCCAUCACAGAAUCUGAAUCCUUCGCUGCUACUGCAGAUUUCAGAGAACAGAUCCUUCGGGUUAAAGAAGAGGAGAACGUACCUUUCCUUCUGGUGGGGAAUAAGUCAGACUUGGAGGACAGAAGACAAGUUGGUCUGGAGGAGGCCAAGGCCAGAGCGGAGCAGUGGGCAGUUAGCUAUGUCGAGACCUCUGCCAAAACUCGUGCCAACGUAGAUAAGGUGUUUUUUGAUCUGAUGCGUGAGAUCAGAGCCAGAAAAAUGGAAGACGGCAAAGAGAAAAACGGAAAAAAGAAGAGGAAAAGUUUGGCAACGAGGAUUCGAGAAAGAUGUUGCAUUUUAUAAUGACUGAAUAGUGCAAUAUCGCUGACCCUUUUACUGCUUCCAAAAAACCCAUCAGAUUUCAUCCCUCUCCAGGCAAAUGCUGGAGAUCAUCUCCUUAAAAAAACCAAUCUCUCAUUUCUUCUGGUUGUUUUUCUCAAUUGGUAUAAAAGGGCAAAGCUUCAGAUAUGCAUUCAAUGACAAAUAAUGUAAAAGGUCUGACAUAUCAGAUACAACAUUUCGUUUCCCAGCUCUUUGUAAUAGAAUGUGUUCACUUUAGUUGCUUUUAGUUACAUGUGCAUACACUGAGUGCUGAACUUUAACACUGUAAGAACAAAAUACUACUCCAAGCCGACUGUUUUUGAGUUCAUGGUGUGUUGGAAUUCAACCUCCUGUUGUUUUACUUACUAAAGUAAAGCCUUAAUGUAAGAUUAAACAAAUUUAAAGGUUAAAUGCACAGAUGCAUUUAGGAUGUUGUUUAAAAAAAAAAAUACACUUCUAAACAUUGGCAUUGCUAAAUAUUACUGAAGCAAAUACAAAAAUUAUUAAAUAAGUUACUAAAUAUCAAUCUUAAUCUAUCGUUUUACCAUUUUAACACUAAAAAUGAUAAUCCAUUCCUUCAACAAUGCUAAAUAUUUGAUACAUUUCCAAAUUUGUCCAAAACCUUUCCCACAUGCUAAGAUAUAAAAUCUUCAUUUCAGAGAAGCUGGCACUGUCUUUUAUUUCAAUUGAAUAUCUGUAGUGUAACAGUACAUAAACCCUGUAUUAAGUAUGUGAUUUAUUAUAACCAAAUCUCUCCUUGAAUACACAUACAUUAACUAUUUGUAGUCAAAGGGCUUAUUCACUUCUGUUCGUGUGUGUGGCAGCAGAUUUGGAGGUUUGUUUUUGUGAUAUCUAGGGGUCCCAAAUAACACAUGAAUUUGAAAAGCGUCUGAAAAGCGUUAUCUAGCUAGAGUCAAAUGUACUGUGAAAAACAGGUUGGAAUGUUUUAUUACACAGACUGAAUUGUGUACUUUAUUAUAACUUAUUAAAAUUUUAUUGUAACUUUUUUCCAGUGUAAUUAGAUUUUCUAUUGUACAUUUUAGUUCAUUUAAGGGUGAAUGAGGAAAAAAAAACUAUAAAAGGGCUGGAAAUGAUGCGUUUCAGAUACCAGGUCUUUGUGGCUACUCUGUGGAUAUGAAAAUACUCACCCUUUUAUGAAUGGUUAUGAAUAAGCACAUCCAUGUGGAAGUAACUGUUGAGGUUGACAGUUUAUUGCCAUAUUAUUCUGGCAUUUACCAAACAUUUUCUUUUUCAUUUUGCAGCUAAAUUGUUUAACUCUGCUGUUUUUAAUCCAAAUAUAUGUUCUCUGUCAAAUAUGCAAGAUUUUCCUCUUAUCAGUAACAGUCAGUUAUCACCCUUAAAAAGCUGUAUUUGUGUGGUAAGAAAAGUAUGGGGCAAUGAUGCUGAUAUUUCAACAGCUGAUGCCUCGUUACUCUUAAAAAGUGACUGACUUUGAGUGCUAAAGAAAAACAGCAAGUCAUUUUUAUAUAAACCUCUUCUUUAAGUCUUUCUUGUACACUUAGUCUAAAAGUCUUCAUUUUAGUCUGGAUUUAGAAUGUCUCUUGGCAAACCCUGGGUUUUCAGAUGUUUAAAUGCUAGAGGUAUAAAGCCAAAUUAUAGAAGGAUGUUCAAAAUAAGGAGACAACGAAUACUGACACCACUGAUGUGAUGUAUUAUUACAACUGUUAUUGUGGUGAUAUAAGUGUCCAGUGAAAGCAAACUGAACUUCUGUGUAAAAUGUUGUGUUUCUGUUACAUUAAUAAAAUCUAUUUUUGUAGACCUCUAA